ACGAUCAGAGUGCACACCAGGAAGCUGGAGCAGCAGUUGAGAGCAGUAAACCUGCUAUUUCUUUCAGAGGAAGCACAGGAAACACUGCCGCAAUCAUGAGCCGCAGCCCAGAGAGAAUCUCAUCCUACCGCCGUCACUUUGAGGACAUCAGCAGCUUUUCCCAUCAGGUCAGGGUGUCGAGCCCAUCCCCCACGAGGAAAGAGGCCCGUCAUGCCUCCGCCGGCUACUCCUGCAGAGCCGGGGCUGGCAGCAUGCGUGUGGAGUCAGUGGGAAGAAGGAGCGUCUCGGCUGCACGCAGGUCUCGCAUAGUUGGAGCAGGUGUGAGUGCAGGGGCCAUGGUGUGUGUUGGGCCUAACGGAGAGCCUGCCAUGGACCUGGAUGUGGCUGCAGCUGAGAACCAGGAAUUCCUCAGCACACGCAAAAGUGAGAGACAGGAGAUGGUAGUCCUCAAUGAUCGACUGGCUAUAUACAUUGACAAGGUUCGAUCACUGGAGCAGCAGAACCAACUACUGGAGGCCGAGAUCGAGGCCUACCAGAACCGCUUUGAGAGGCCAACAGGUCUGCGCCUCCUGUAUGAGGAACAGCUGAAGGAGCUGAAAAAGAUUGCUGAGCAGAUGAGGAUUCAGCGGGAUGUUUCCUUGGCUUCGAAGGAGUUCACAGCUGCUCAGCUAGAGGCAAUCAAAAUCAAAUACGAGGAGGCAGUGGAGCUGAGGAAGAAAGCUGAGAUAGACAUUGAAACCUUCCGUCCAGAUGUGGACAAAGCCACCUCCUCACGCAUUGCCUUGGAGAAGAAGCUGGAGCAACUGGAAGUUGAAAUUGAAUUCCUAAAACGUGUUCAUCAACAGGAAAUCGAUGAGCUCAUGAAACAGAUCUAUUCAGCUCAUGCUGCAGCUGAGAGUGCAUUCACAAUGCCUGACCUGGCAGCUGCUCUGAAACAAAUCCAAACCCAGUAUGAUGACAUUGCAGCCAAAAAUCUCCAGGAAAUGGAUUCAUGGUAUAAAAACAAGUUUGAAGAUCUUACAAAGAAGACAACGGGACAUGUGGAUAGGGUUCGAAGCUUUAGAGAAGAAAUGGCUGGUGCCAAAAAGGAAAUCCAAAACAAAGAACGUGACUUAGAUGACCUGAGGACCAAGAAUGAAGCUCUUGAGGCUCAGAUCCUAGAGUUGCAAGAAAAAUACAGGAAGGAACAAGAAGACAUGCACGCUCGGAUUGAGUCCCUGCAGCUGGAGCUGAAAUCCACAAAAGAGAAAAUUGCGCUGCACCUGCGUGAAUACCAAGACCUCCUGAACAUCAAGAUGUCUCUGGAGAUUGAGAUAACAACUUACAGAAAAUUGAUUGAGGGAGAGGACCUGAGGCUGGCUGGUAUGAUGCAGACGCUGUCUCUGACCGCCUGUUCCACGAACGCUAUUGGUGCUGGGGUGAGCUUUGGUGGAGGGAGCAUGGGCGGAGCAGGUGGAAUAAGUGGUGGACUGAUAGGAGGUGCUGGUGCGAGUGCAGGAGGCAUGGGGAGUGUAGGAGGAAUGGGAGGGGGCAUGGGUGCAAUUUCAGGCAGUACUGCUGGAAGUAUAGGUGGAAGAAUGAGCACUGGAGGUAGGGCGGAUGGGGCAAACAAGAUUGGUGGUCAUGGAUUGGGAGCUGGGGCUGCUGGUGGAGGUACAGGUGCUGGUGCUGGCGGUGUGGGUACUGGUGGACUGGGUGCCCGUGGUGGCUCUAGUGUUGCAGGGCACGGUACUGGACCUAGAGGUGCAGGUUUGGGUGCUGGAGGAGUGGGAACUGGGUUAGGAGGAAACUUCAGCGCAGGGAGCAUGGGGGACAGCAGCGUGGGCGGUGUUGGAAUGGGUCCAGGUAGCGGCUCUGCAGGUUCUGGUGGCGUGGGGUUCAGUGGAAGCGAAGGGAGAGGGGAUGGAACUGGUGGAGGAAUUGGAGGCAAUGGAGGCAAAGACAGGGGCAGUGGAACAGGAGGCAGUGGAGGAACUGAGAGUGUUGGUGGGGAUGUUGCAUUGUCAGGCAUUGGUGGGAGGAGUGGAGGAGGGGGGGGUGAAACCAGCGGACCCGGGAUGGGAUAUGGAUCAGAUGCAUAUGACCGCAACAGUGAAGCCUAUGCAGAUCAGGCUGUGGAGCUGACGGAGAGAAGGACAGUGCUCAUUAGAACAGUGAAAAAAGAGGGUGACGUAAUUGAGACAGACCGCCAGGAACAAACCUACACCAUCAGCGGUGCGGCCGAUGAAUCUGACGAAGAGUGAGCAACCCAAACUCCCCAGUGACCUCCUCUCACCCUUAAACCUCCACGCCCCUCUGAGCUUUGCACUGACCAAAUGCCAUGUCUGGGCACUGACCUGCGACCUUUGCCCUGGACAAGAAGACCAUGACUGACCCUUUGCUUCAAAGUUAAACCUUCCUCGAGUUUGAAUAUGCCUAAGAACACUCAACAUGCUCUCUAAACUUUUGUGUGCCUCACACUCCCUCUGUUUUCUUCCCACCGCAAAUAAAGCUAUCAGCAUUCAA